ACUCACCCAGAGCUUAAGGUGUGACAGAGAGUAGGCUUUUUUUUUUUUCCUUUCCAUUAUUUAUUUGGCCCGAAUGUGUGUGUGUGUGGGGUUGCAUGCGCCUCAGCACAUGGGAGAGAAGUCAGGGGAUUCCUGGGAGUCGAUCCUCGCCGCCCACCAUGGGGGCUCCGGGAGGGAAUUCAGAGGCAACUUUCCAGGCUCAGGUGCCUCAAGCUUUUUGAUUGCAGACGUCCACGUGCCAGCCCUGGUGCCUCCUACCCUCAUUCAGGCCUUGCAGGCCAGAGUGUAAGACCCUUUCAUCAUGGCCUCUCCAGGGGCUUUUCACCACCACCUGCUCCCGGCAACCCCACCCUGGCCCCUCUUCGCGCAACCAAACCAUGAGCAAAGGUGUACAGCCUUCUUGACCUCAGUUGCCUUGGCAACUCCAGAGCCUCCUUCCUCCUCCUCUUACCCUCUCAGGGCCCAGACCCUCUACAAGCUCCUUCCAUCCAAGGCUCCGCCUCCUCCGCAACCCACCUCGCACUCAGGCUGAGGUGCUGGAGGAGCUGAUUCAGGCCCAGAUGGGGCCCCUGCCCCGGCUCGCCGCCAUCUGUAGGCUCAAGCGCCUGCCCUCAGGCGGCUACUCCACCACGGAUGACCUGCAUCUGGUGUUGGAGCGCAGGCGUGUGGCCAACGCCAAAGAGCGUGAACGGAUAAAAAAUCUCAACCGUGGCUUUGCCAAGCUGAAGGCUCUGGUGCCGUUUCUACCACAGAGCAGGAAGCCCAGUAAAGUUGAUAUCCUUAAAGGUGCCACAGAAUACAUACAGAUACUCGGCUGUGUUCUGGAAGAAGCGAAGGUCUCAGAGAAACAAAGCCCUGAGGAGCAGACCCACAGUGGCAGACCCUCUGACCCUCAUGUGUCCUCGACUAGAGAGCUCUUGGGAAAUGCUACCCAACCUACCAGCUGUGCGAGUGGCUUGAAGAAAGAAGAGGAGGGGCCUUGGGCGUAUGCUGGCCAUAGUGAGCCAUUGUACAGCUACCAUCAGAGCACAGUACCUGAGACUAGGAGUUACUUCACUCAUUAGGAGUCUGAUGAAAGAGUCCUUCUAAAAUAGUCAUGUAUAAGUUGAAAAGUUCAAAAA